AUAUGUUUACAUAGUCUUCUCAAAUGAAUAUCUCGCCUGAUUUUAUGUUUAGCUGCAACGACAACGACGUCAGUGCAACCAUCGUCUUCAACAAUAUCGUCUACCACAGCAAAUUCAAUGAGUAAAUUGGCAGAAUUAAGUAAUCAACGUCGUUUAUUACAUGAAUUAACAGAUGAAGUUAAUCAAAAUGUAACGAAAGCUCAAAUUUUGUAUGAAUUAUGCAAAUCA